AUGAGCUUCGGCUCGGAGCACUACCUGUGCGCCUCCUCCUACCGCAAGGUGUUUGGAGAUGGCUCUCGCCUAUCCUCGCGCCUCUCCAGCGCCGGUGGCGCGGGUAGCUUCCGCUCGCAGUCGCUGUCCCGCUGCAAUGUCGCCUCCUCGGCCGCCUGCUCCUCGGCCUCGUCGCUCGGCCUGGGCCUAGCCUACCGCCGGGCCCCGGCAUCCGACGGGCUGGACCUGAGUCAGGCGGCGGCACGCACCAAUGAGUACAAGAUUAUCCGCACCAACGAGAAGGAGCAGCUGCAGGGCCUCAACGACCGCUUCGCUGUGUUCAUCGAGAAGGUGCACCAGCUGGAGACGCAGAACCGCGCGCUCGAGGCCGAACUGGCCGCGCUGCGACAGCGCCACGCUGAGCCGUCGCGCGUCGGCGAGCUCUUCCAGCGCGAGCUGCGCGACCUGCGCGCGCAGCUGGAGGAGGCGAGCUCGGCGCGCGCGCAGGCCCUGCUGGAGCGCGACGGGCUGGCCGAGGAGGUGCAGCGGCUUCGGGCGCGCUGCGAGGAAGAGAGCCGAGGGCGCGAAGGCGCGGAGCGCGCCCUGAAGGCGCAGCAGCGCGACGUGGACGGCGCCACGCUGGCCCGCCUGGACCUGGAGAAGAAGGUGGAGUCGCUGCUGGACGAGCUGGCCUUCGUGCGCCAGGUGCACGACGAGGAGGUGGCCGAGCUGCUGGCCACGCUGCAGGCGUCGUCGCAGGCCGCGGCCGAGGUGGACGUGGCUGUGGCCAAACCAGACCUGAGUUCGGCGUUGAGGGAGAUCCGCGCCCAGUAUGAGUCCCUGGCUGCCAAGAACCUCCAGUCAGCUGAGGAGUGGUACAAGUCCAAGUUUGCCAACCUGAAUGAGCAGGCAGCGCGCAGCACCGAGGCCAUCCGGGCAAGCCGUGAGGAGAUUCACGAGUACCGGCGCCAGCUGCAGGCCCGCACCAUCGAGAUUGAGGGGCUGCGUGGGGCCAAUGAGUCCCUGGAGAGGCAGAUCCUGGAGCUGGAGGAGCGGCACAGUGCAGAGGUGGCUAGCUACCAGGAUAGCAUCGGGCAGCUGGAGAAUGAUCUGAGGAACACCAAGAGUGAGAUGGCUCGCCACCUUCGGGAAUACCAGGACUUGCUCAAUGUCAAAAUGGCUCUUGAUAUUGAGAUUGCCGCUUACAGGAAACUGCUGGAAGGCGAAGAGACACGUUUUAGCACCAGUGGAUUAAGCAUUUCAGGGCUGAAUCCACCUCCCAAUCCAGGUUAUCUGCUCCCACCUAGAAUCCUCAGUUCUACAACCUCCAAAGUCUCAUCCACUGGGCUGUCUCUUAAGAAAGAGGAGGAGGAGGAGGAAGAGGCUUCUAAGGUGGCCUCUAAGAAAACCUCCCAGAUAGGAGAAAGUUUUGAAGAAAUACUGGAGGAGACGGUCAUAUCUACUAAGAAAACCGAGAAAUUGAAUAUAGAAGAAAGUACCACUUCAAGCCAAAAAAUUUAAUUCUGUUGCUUUAAUAAGGUUAAUGCUUAAGAGGGGAUAAUAUGCAUUUGACUUGUUAAAGAGCCUAUUCCUGAACCAAAACACCUGUCACCACUAUAAAAUGUCUUCAAGGUUUCAGUCUCCUAUUUAGCAUUGAAUCCUUACUUUCUCUAAUAAGAAAAGCACCCCUUAGGUUGGAGCAAGCUGCAGUCCUAGCACAACCACAGAGGAGUUAUCUAAGAAUUCCGCUUUCUCACCUAAAGCUCAGGCUUCACAGCAUUAGAUGAUUCAGGUACAGAGGAAGUACAAAUCAAGGUGCUAAAUCUGUGAUCAUCGUCAUUUGCUGUGAAUUGAAAUUAAAACCUGUAUUUGCUCGCUAUACUCAGACAUUACCCCGCUAUAUAGUCUCACUCUAGGUACAUAAAACAUAAGAUCACUGCCAAAGGUAAACCAAUGGUCCACAUCCAACACCAUUCUGACAAAACGGCUUCACAAGUGAUAGGUGUUUGUUUAACGGACACUUCCUCCCACUUCUCACAAUUCCUUGUAUCCUUUCUUCCAUUCAGGAAAAAAAAAAAAAAAAAAAAAAAAGAGGCUAGUGUAGUAUUCUUCCCCCUUAAACACAUUUAGGUUCUUCUCAAAAGAACUUACCCCCUUUAGCUCUCUCUGUUCAAUGGGUAAAAUUAGAUGCAUGUUGACCAUUUCUGUGAUUCGUGGAAUGACUUCUCCCUACCCAUUUCAUGUCCUUCCAAUUCUGUAAGGAAAAAAGAAAAAAGAAAAAAAAAAGCAGUGAUAAGUUUUAAGGGUCACCCCAACAAAUACAAUAAUGAAAGGAGUCCCUAGAUUUUAGGCUUUCAGCUUAUUCAAAUCCAUUUAAUUAGGGGAGGGAAAAAGUACCUUAUUCAGAAUGUAGCUGUUCACUUUAACUUUAGAAACACACUAAUUGUGUCCCAAGCUGUGAUUAAGCUGACCUUAGAUUUAGUAGUAUAAGCUAGAAGAGGUGAGUAUUUGUGUGGAUGGGAAAAGCCAAGGUCUCAUUGCUCUGUGUCAGUUCAUUUGUGGUGAUCUAGAAUUAGCUCUUUCGUACCCUGACCCUUAGAACCCACUUACCCCCUUUUCCACAGUCUAGGUCCUAACAAGGCCUUGCUUUUACUCUCCUAUGCCUUUUAAGAGCGCUAAGUGUAAUUAUAUUAUCCCCAGAAACCAUGCUACUGCCCAAAAGUAAAAGAAGUCACCUCUGGUCAAUCAACACCACCGGCAAACAUGAAAAAGAAAUCUUUCUCUUGUCUUAAUAAAAGAGUCCUGCCCAACAGUUUUCCCAUUGCUGCAUGGUUGGUGGGGUCUCCCUUCCCUACUGGAGAGGCAGCGACGCCCAGACUAGAGAAGGGGUACAUAUGCUCCUACUCACGUGCUAGGAAGUACAUUCUGGAGAGUCAGCUUUUCAUCUGCCCAACUGUGUAGCAGCUGCAUUGCCCAGUCUUCCACGUACAUGUGCCAAGUUUGAUGUCGGGUUAAUUCUCUGUCUGCAUUCACUUCCACCAGACCUAAAGAGUUGCCAGGUCUCUGUCACACAUCUCCAUUCACAACAGAUAGGGCGUGAUGCUUUUACUAAACUUUCUUAUCCUAGGACGUGCUGCAAUGGUUCAAGGAACUGGAAAGAUGCUUUCUCUUCUUCCUUUCCCUCACUCCAUCCCUGUCUUUACUCCUCAGACUUCCUGUAAAACAUUAGUAAGAUAAGAAUUAAAAGUCACACGAAUCCCACCAACA